CCCUCCCCCUCCACACCCCCCCUCCUCCACUGUUCUCAGAGUUCGAAACCCUAACACCUCCUCAGGAUCCUCACAUCGCACUCGGCUAUCGGCUUCGAUUGAGAUCGUGCCCUAUUCUUCUUCACCUCCCUGUUCCUUCAUCGGCUUCUUUGAUCGCCAAAUCCCUCUUAGCGCGAUCGAUUUUGCGACAUGACGAGCAACGUCUCCAGUGUCUACCUCCAUGUCAUAGACGAUGUUAUCAGCAAGGUCCGCGAUGAGUUCAUCAACUGCGGCGCGGGUGAAGCCGUGCUCAACGAGCUCCAAGCGUUGUGGGAGAUGAAGAUGAUACACUGUGGAGCCAUCAGUAGUACGGCGGAGAGGUCAAACAUCGCAAAGGCCUCUGGCCCAAUCACUCCGGUCCAUGAUCUGAACGUGCCGUACGAAGGGCCGACCGAGGAGUACGAGACCCCUACCGCAGAGAUGCUCUUCCCACCAACCCCGUUGCAAACUCCCAUUCCAACUCCAUUACCAGGAACAGUUGAUUAUAACAUCCCCACCGGCCCCUCGGAUUAUGCACCUUCUCCUAUCACUGAAAUCAGAAACAGUGUUGAUCUUAAAGCUGGAAGGCCCAGUCCGUAUAUGCAACCGCCUUCUUCUUGGAUGGGUCAAAAACCUUUGGGGGUUGAUGUCAAUGUGGCUUAUGAGGAAGGACGUGAGGACGCAGACAGAAGAGGACCUCCCCAUCAAUCUGCGACUCAGGACUUCUUCACCACGUCCUCUGGAAAACGCAAAAGAGAUGACUAUUCUUCUCAUCUGGCUUCUGAUGGUUACAUGCCACAACAAGAUGGAAGUGGAGAUGUGAUGAUAGAAUUCCCAAUGCCGAAGGUAGAUCAAAUUCAAGAUUUAUCUAGGCAUGACUUCCAAUCUGCCAUUUAUAAAAAGCAAACCAAUAAAGAAGUGAGAACAACUGCUGUGCUACCUCAGCAGGAUGGGAUCCAUGAUGAAUAUGAUGAUUUGCUUCAUUUCCAAGGAGUCCCGACUGAAGAUUACAAUACUCCUGGAGACCAUGUGGAACAUCAAGCUCCCACACCAUCUGUUGGCACACCGAAACUAAGUAGAAAUGGAGGUGAGGAUGAUGAACCUCCUCUCAAUGAAGAUGAUGAUGACGACGAUGAUUUGGAGGACUUUGAACAAGGAGAAGAAGAACCUACAAUGCAGCAUUUGGUUUUAGCACAAUUUGACAAGGUGACAAGAACGAAAAACAGAUGGAAGUGUGCUUUGAAGGACGGAAUAAUGCGGCUAAAUAACAGGGAUAUCCUGUUUAAUAAGGCAAAUGGGGAGUUUGACUUUUAAUUUGCUUCUGUUGAGCUUUUAGAAGCUGGCCUGUUAGUUGGAGUUGAGAUGUGUUACUACAAUUCUGGUGAGCAUGGCUCCGAUCCAAUGAAGGUGUUUCUUUGGGGUAAAAAAAAAAAAGGUGCUUCACCGAAUGGACUUUCAGGGCUGGUUAUUUGUCUUACUGUAAAGAUACUAAACUUGUUGAACUUUUAAAUUCUUUUGUGUCUCAUAAUCUGAGAGAGAGAGAGAGAGAGAGAGAGAGAGAGAGAGAGUACUGUUAUUAAUUAGCAAAUUCCCUCCAGAGAUCUAAGACGUUUUUCAUAAAGCUGUUAGGGUGCUUUUCCCGUCCUUGGGUUGGACGGUUACGACAUCUAGAAACAAGUUUUAAUUUUGCUAUCUCCUUUCAAUUCAGUGGAUUUUAUUAAUAUAGUGAUUCUUUUCAUUACAAAA